UAUGGCGGACGGCUAUUUUCGGAUCGCGCCACUUGCGCAAGGCAUGGGGUAUAUAACUGACUAUGGAAUAUGUUAUCAUGACUGUGCUGAGUAUAUAAUUGUUUAAUACAUAUUUCAUCUGUUAAAGUGAUUCAGAUCUGUUCAAAUGGAGCCAAAACAAACAACAAGUCAGCCCGAUGCGUCUACCUCAGUGUCUCCCCCCUGCCCCGGUCCUCCCACAAGGGGUCGAGGCCCCACCCACCUAUGAAGAAGUUAUGGGUUCAAAUCAGUCGUCUGUUAUCGAAGGACAACCAGAGUUGCCUCCCUUGGCUUACAUCGACAUCAUGCCUCGCAUCCUGAAUGUAGGAAAUAUGCGUGCGAACAUUGCACCAGUCUUCCAGAAGUUUAGUGACAUCAUGCAAGGCGCCAAUAUGUGGCUUCAGGCUAACCCGGGCCUACAGUGCUGGAAGUGCGAGACAGUUGAGAGGAAGGUGGAUAAGGGUCCUUAUAUUGACCUGGAUUCAAUGAAAAUGCACCAGUCUACCUAUGGAUUUAACGUCUACGUGCUGGGACUGAGGAUGUGGUUAACUCGGAAGCAGAACAACUCGCCCCCUCAACAGCUCGGACUAAAGAAUGUUGUGCCUGCCACAAAGGAAGUGGAAAUACAGGCGUAUCAGUAUGGUAACAUGUUCCACAACCCCCAGAUGCAUUACUGGGCACACAGAAGGGCGACGGAUGUCAUCACAACGUUUGAAGGACUUUCAAGCACUAUCGAUACAUUAAAUGAAGACCUGAAGAAAUCGCCACUGCAAGGGUCAGUUAUAAACAUUGAGACAGCAAACAUAAAGUAUUCGGGAUUCGCUACCGACCGUGAUCCCGAGAAGACAAGCUUUGUUGAACUUGGAGCAAACAGGAUGGGCCUCUUCAGACGAAACUGUCAAAUCAUCAGAAUCUUCUACGUCCUCGGGGAGCCUAAACAUGAAGAAAUACACAUGAAAGACAUCGUCCCAGAUAUCGUCAGACACUCUGGACUUGUGGGCAGUGCGGUAUUUGAACCAUUCAGUGGAUCUCUACUUAAAGCACAAAUGUGGCUCCAACAACAAUCAGGAAUAAAAAUUGUGAAUAUAGAGACGAGAGAUGUACGAUCACACGAGAAUAUGUUAAAUCUGGAGACAACCGUCAACUCCGACUCGACUGAUGAUUUUGAUGGAACAUUUUGGGCCUGUAAAUACGUGAAGAUACUGCGUAUGUUUUACGUGAAGUCCCCGGAAAUGCCGUCUUACGCCUCCACGAAACUGACAUCACGCCUCUUCCCGCCAUUACGUCUCGGUAUCAAGACGUUCGAAACCAUGUCCCAGACGAUGAUUAGAAUUGCAGCCUGGCUCUCCGUCACGCGUUUGCCAAUAUUUGGAGUAGAAACUGUGCACUACCCCUUCAUCGACAACGACAACAUCGGGUUUAACCCUGAGAGGUCAGACCACUACACGAUGAAAAACAUGGGCCGGACCAUGGUCACAGCAAUCAGGCUCUACUUCCCUACGUAUUAUGAAGAACCUCCACGCCACAUGCUUCCCCCUACAAUUGACUGGCUCACACAAGGUGAAGGCCGUGGGACAUCAAUAUGCACCAUAUUAUAAUCAGCACUGUUCACAUUUCGACCACAGGGAUGUAACGGCAAAUCGAUACAUGACUACUUGUGUCGUAAUCGAGAUCUCAUAUUUCUGCUGGAGAAGUUACAUCAAGAUUAAACUAGAUUGUUUAGUU